AAGACUUUAGCAUCAAAAUUAAUUAAUUUUGUCAACGAAGACGACCCACGUCUGGUUCUUCUUUCCUGUACAGUUUUUCAUGCUCAUCAAGACCCUUUCCAUUGUCUCCUAUAAGGGUGGCGCUGGUGGCCAUUUUAUAAUUAUACACACCCUCCAUUCUUUUUAAGAGCUCUCAACUCCUAUAUGCUUUUCCAUUCAAUCAUUUCUCUCCCCCUUCAAACAACAUCCUUCUUUUUUUAUGUCUGAAUGAACUGGCAGCAUCUUUUCUUGGAUUAUAAGUUUCUAUAUAUAAAGGGUGGUUUCCCUUUCACUUUUUAGCUCUCGAAUUAUUUCUCAAGCGUCAAGACUAGCUUCCUAGCUUAGCUUAGCUUGAUCAUCACUUCAGGUUGGCAAAAAUGGGAAGGCAACCUUGCUGCGAUAAGGUUGGAUUAAAAAGAGGUCCAUGGACAAUUGAGGAAGAUCAUAAGCUCACGAACUUUAUCCUCAACAAUGGUAUUCAAUGCUGGCGAAUGGUUCCUAAGCUUGCAGGUUUGCUAAGAUGUGGAAAAAGCUGUAGACUAAGAUGGAUUAAUUAUCUGCGGCCGGAUCUAAAGAGAGGUGGUUUUACAAAAAUGGAAGACAAUCAGAUUAUCCAGCUUCAUUCACGUCUUGGCAACAGGUGGUCUAAGAUUGCUUCACAUUUUCCGGGCCGCACAGACAAUGAAAUCAAGAACCAUUGGAAUACUCGAAUUAAGAAGAAGUUGAAGGUUCUUGGUUUAGACCCCGUGACCCACAAGCCCAUUGAACAAACAGAGAAGGAUGUUAGUGGUGAGGAGGAUGAGACAAUUCAAGAAUCUGUUUCCUUAAAAGAACAAGAGGAAAGCUUGGAAGUCAAGUCAGAGGAUCGUGAUCAAGCCAAGAGUGAUUUUGUACAAGAAAGAGAUCAGAAACUUGAGCAAGAUGAAUUGAAGAUAUUGGAUGAAACUGAUCUUCUGAAGAGCUAUGAAAUGUUGUGUGGGAGCUUGGAUGUGGGCUCAUGGAUUAAUCAAGAAACCAACACAUCUACUUCUUAUAGUUCUCAAGAAUCUAAUAACCUUUCAGCUGGUGAAUUCCAUUCCAUUCAAGAAGACUCUGUAAGUCAAUGGAUUGAGAGUGUGGACUCUUUUCUCUCAUGGGACAGCUUCAGUCAUCUAGAUGAAGAUCUUUUCUUCCUGGAAAAUAGCCAAUGUAAUUACAUGACGCAUUCGGCCCCUAAGCGCCUCUAAUUUCAUUAUCACUCAAGCAUUUAGCUCCCAUAAAAGUUAAUCAGAUGGUGUUAGUGAUUUGAGUGCUACCUUAUUUUAUAUGAAAACCAUUUAUUUUGAACAACUGAAGUUGUUCUUAAUUA